GUAACUGCAGCAAGAGCUGGGAAUCUGUUGAAGCAAUCUCAAGAGAAGCAGUUCUUGGAGAUCGCUAAAAACAAAAAGUGGCAAGGAAAGUUAUUCCGUAUCAGAUGGGAGGAUGAGAGCCUAAGCAUAACCAGCUGCUUUGCGUGGUUAAAAGGUUGGGCUACAUGCCCUACACAUACCAUCGCGGGCAUGUAUGAAUUGUAUGAGCAGUUGUUACCUACGAAGCUCUACACAAAGGAGAAGACGCAAACCUCCACUGACGGCGAAGUUCUAUGCAGGUUAUGUGGGAAGGUAGCUGAGAGCGUUGCACAUGUACUGGCUGGAUGUUCCUCCCUGGCACAAACCAAGUACCUAUACAGGCAUAAUGCAGCUUUGAAGAUUCUGUUUUUUGAGCUCCUGCGAGAGCAUGGGUUAAUGGAAGAGGUUGCACCAUGGUACUCACCGGUGAUGCCAAAACCAGCCUACCAGAACACCACGAGUGAGGCGUUUUGGGAUAUUCCCAUCUAUGCAGAGCACAACGAAGUUAGAGCAAAUCGGAUCGACGCGCGACUUGUCAGCCACGACAGGAAAGAAGUCUGCACAAUUGAAAUGAGCGGCCCAUGGAUUGAGAGUAGAGCUAAGAAAGAUGAGGAGAAGACACUCAAGUAUGGGCCCAUGAUGUGGGAGAUGAAGCAGAGA